UCGUCGAUAUGUGCGAUUGAUAAAAGGGGACGAGAAAGAGGGGACAAUGAAAACGAAAAACCCUCCCUCCCUCCAAAUUGUAAAAUCGAAUAAUCACAAAUCCAAGUAGACGCAUUUGCUCGGUACUGUUUCCUUAUAGUUGAGACAUACAAACUUCAAGAUCGGAGUUGGGUUUCUUAUUGCUCGAAUAUAGAAGUACUUAAUUGUAACCCUGGUUUUGAGUUUAUAUUUGCUUUGAAAUGACGACGUAUACUUGAGCAGCGACACUGAAGGAACGUAAACGAAUGAUUACUUCUCUUUAGGGACUACUGCAGGUUAUAAAAUAAUUGUACAAUUUAUACUAUUGAUGGCUGCUGAUAAAUGUGAAGAGGAAGAAGAUCUUGGAAGUGCAUCCAGUGACUCUUUCAUCAAUGAUAGUGAGAAUGAUGAGCCCUCAACAUCUGGUCAAGAUGAUGGGGUGCAUCUUGAGCAACCUCUUACCGAUGAAGACAUUGAAAGGCUAAUUUCAGAGCUCUUGACAGUUGAGAGUAAGGCUGCAGAGGCCCAAGAAGCACUUGAAGAUGAGUCACUUGCAAAAGUGGAAGUUGAAGUAAGGGAUGAGUUAGCACAAUCUCUUGAGGGGGAAGAACUUGAGAAUGCUGUUGCAGAUGAAAUGUUAGCUUUGAGAGAAAAAUGGGAAGAUGAGCUUGAUGACCUUGAAACAGAGAGUGCUCACUUGUUGGAGCAACUUGAUGGAGCAGGAAUUGAACUUCCAAGCCUUUAUAAGUGGAUAGAAAGCCAAGCUCCAAAUGGAUGCUGUACAGAAGCAUGGAAAAAUAGGACUCAUUGGGUUGGAUCAAAUGUUACAAAUGAUGCUACUGAAUCAAUUGCAGAUGCUGACAAGUAUCUGCAAACUCAUAGGCCUGUUAAAAGACAUCAUGGUAAAUUGUUGGAGGAAGGUGCAAGUGGAUUUCUUCAGAAACGCCUUGCUCCUGAAGAUGAUAAAGAAUCUAAUAAAGAUGUAAAUUGGUCAUCUUUUAAUGAAUUGUGUUCUUCAUCAAGUAAGAACACUUCAUUUGGAAGCAAAAACUGGGCUUCUGUAUACUUGGCAAGUACUCCACAACAAGCUGCAGAACUGGGACUUAACUUUCCUGGUGUAGAUGAGGUUGAGGAGAUUGAUGAUAUUGAAGGCAGUUUGGAUGACCCUUUUGUUGCUGCUGCUGUAGUGACAGAGAGAGAACUGUAUAAAUCUGAAGAUCAUAAGAACAUUAAAAAGGUUAAAGAAGAAGAUGACGUAAAUAUUGAUCGUAAGCUUCUAUCCCGUUUGAACAAAAAGAGACAAAAAAAGAAGUUAAAGCAGAAGGGUAUCAAGGAAGCUGAGGAAGAAGAUGAUAUCAGUAAUGAUAUUGCAAAUCACAGAUUAAAUGCCAAUCACAAGACGUCAAGUAAUGGUGUUCAUGCAGCAGUGCUUUCAGGGUCAAAACGGUCAUCUGACAGUGUUGAACAAUCUGAUAGCAAGAAGUGCAGAACCGAUGUUGAACAUGUUGCAGUGGAUGGAUCUACUUCUCCAUGCAGUGAAAGUGAAACAAAUGAUCAAAGUGAUCACAAAGGAAAUGGAGAUGCUAAUUCUCCUUCAGGGAGUUCAGAUGAGGAAUUCUGUUGUACAGCUUGUGAUAAAGUUGCUAAUGAAGUGCAUACACAUCCACUUUUGAAAGUCAUUGUAUGCAGAAACUGCAAAUAUCGAUUAGAUGAGAAAAUGAAAGAAACGGAUCCCGAAUGUUCAGAGUGUUUCUGUGGAUGGUGUGGAAAAAACGGGGAUUUAGUAAGCUGCAAAUCAUGCAAAAACUUGUUCUGUACUUCCUGUAUAAAGAAGAAUCUUGGAGAAGAAUAUUUGCUAAAAGCACAGGAGUCCAGCUGGCAAUGCUGUUGCUGCACCCCAAGUAUCCUGCAGUCAUUAACUUCACAGUUACAGAAAGCCUUUGAAUCUAGAAGUGAAUCAUCAUCUUCAAGUUCAGAAAGUGAUUCAGAUGACUCUGAUGAUUCAGAUGACAAUAUCAAGGUUCCCCUUAGCAAAAGGAGAAGGAAGAAGAAAAUUCGAAGAAUCCUUGAUGAUACUGAAUUAGGAGAAGAUACUAAAAAGAAGAUUGCAAUCGAAAAGGAACGACAAGAACGACUUAAAUCACUGGAAGCUGAGCGUUUAAAGGCACUAAAAUCCAUGAAGACAAAUUAUACAAGCUUUAGGGCAACUGUAUCUGAUGGAACUACUGUUAAAGUGUUGGGUGAUGCACAAACUGGCUAUAUUGUAAAUGUUGUGAGGGAGGAAAAUGAAGAGGCUGUGAGGUUGCCACCUAGCAUCUCAAUCAAAUUGAAAUCUCAUCAGGUUGCAGGCAUAAGGUUUUUGUGGGAAAAUAUUAUACAGUCGAUUACAAAAGUGAGGUCAGGGGAUAAGGGACUUGGUUGCAUACUUGCACAUACCAUGGGGUUAGGUAAAACCCUACAGGUUAUAGCUUUUCUGUAUGCUGCUAUGAGAAGUGUUGAUAUAGGAUUAAAAGCUGCUAUGAUUGUUACACCUGUAAAUGUUUUGCAUAACUGGAGGCAUGAGUUUACAAAAUGGAGACCUACAGAGUUUAAGCCUAUUCGUGUCUACAUGCUUGAAGAUGUCCCAAGGGAUAGAAGACUUGAGUUGCUAAUGAAGUGGAGAUCUAAAGGUGGUGUUUUCUUGAUUGGUUAUACUAAUUUUCGUAACUUGUCUCUUGGAAAACAUAUCAAAGAUCGCCACAUGGCUAAGGAAUUUUGUAGGACUCUUCAGGAUGGACCUGACAUACUUGUGUGUGAUGAGGCCCACAUGAUUAAGAACACAAGAGCUGAUACAACUCAGGCCUUAAAACAAGUGAAAUGCCAGAGGCGAAUAGCAUUAACAGGGUCACCUCUUCAAAAUAACCUCAUGGAGUAUUAUUGUAUGGUUGAUUUUGUGAGGGAAGGAUUUCUUGGCAGCAGUCAAGAGUUUAGAAAUCGCUUCCAAAACCCUAUUGAGAAUGGGCAACACACAAAUUCAACAACAGAUGAUGUAAAAAUCAUGAACCAGAGAUCUCACAUUCUCUAUGAACAACUAAAGGGAUUUGUCCAAAGAAUGGAUAUGAAUGUUGUGAAGAAGGAUUUACCUCCAAAAACUGUUUUUGUAAUUGCUGUGAAGCUUUCUCCUAUGCAAAGGGUACUUUACAAAAAAUUCCUUGAUGUUCAUGGACUCACUGAAGAGAAGGCUUCUCAAGAAAAAACCAGGAAGAGUUUUUUCGCCAGUUAUCAGGCAUUGGCUCAGAUAUGGAAUCAUCCUGGAAUAUUACAACUAAUGAAAGAUAGAAACUUUGGGAAACGUGAAAAUGUUGUUGAAAAUUUUCUUGAAGACAGUUCUAGUGAUGAGAAUUUGGAUUAUACCAUGGCCAAUGGAGAUAAAAUAAGGAACAGAAAGGACCAAUCAACUAGAAAGAAAGUCGGUGGCUUUUUCAAAGAGAAUUGGUGGGGUGAUCUUCUACAGGAGAAUGGCUAUGAUGCUGAAAACAGUGGUAAAAUUGUUUUACUGCUUGAUAUUUUAACCUUGUGUUCUGAUGCUAGUGAUAAGGCACUGGUUUUCAGUCAAAGUUUAGCCACUCUUGAUAUGAUUGAACGCCAUCUGUCCAAAUUACCCCGAAAAGGGAAAAGCCGAAAAUGUUGGAAACAGGGAAAAGAUUGGUACAGGCUAGAUGGAAGAACUGAAGGAUCAGAGAGACAAAAACUGGUUGAGAAGUUCAAUGAUCCUUCAAAUAAGAGGGUCAAAUGCACUUUAAUAUCAACCAGAGCUGGAUCUCUUGGUAUUAAUCUGUAUGCUGCUAAUCGUGUUAUUAUUGUUGAUGGAUCUUGGAACCCAACGUAUGAUCUUCAGGCUAUUUAUCGAGCUUGGAGAUAUGGACAAACAAAGCCUGUGUUUGCAUACCGUUUAAUGGCACAUGGGACUAUGGAAGAAAAGAUUUAUAAGCGUCAGGUUACAAAGGAGAGUCUUUCAGCAAGAGUGGUUGAUAGACAACAAGUACAUAGAACAAUAUCUAAAGAAGAGAUGUUGCAUCUGUUUGCCUUUGGUGAUGAUGAAAGCCUAAAUACAUCAUAUAAUAAAGUUGACCAACUCGGUGGCAAUGCUGCUACACAAUUCGAUCCUCUUCUUCAUGCAACUGUUUCUUCCGACAAGUUCAUGGAAGUAUUACUCAGUAAACAUCACCCCAAAUGGAUUGCAAAUUAUCACGAACAUGAAAGUCUUCUCCAAGAAAACGAAGAUGAAAAACUAUCAAAAGAAGAACAAGACAUGGCAUGGGAAGUAUACAGAAGAACCCUAGAAUGGGAAGAAGUGCAAAGAAACCCGGUUGAAGGGCCCACACCCGUUUUCAAACCAACCAUCAACGAGGUUGAACCCGAACCCGAACCCGAACCGGAACCCAGAACCAAGAAGCCACCUCGGUGCACCCGGGUGUGUUCAAGGGACCGGUUUGUGUUAAGAAAAUGCACAAACUUAGCCCAUAUGUUAACCUUAAGGAGCCAAGGUGUGAAACAAGGGUGCACCACUAUUUGUGGUGAAUGUGGGCAGGAAAUUAGCUGGAAUGGUGUUAAAUAGUGGGUGAAAAAGAAUAGGCAUAUUUUUGAGUAAUUAUCAAAGAAAAGCUCCAAUUUUUAUGAUUAUACAUUGGACAUGAAGUUGAUUGGAGUUUUAAAGAUGGUGUAAAAGUUUUCUUGGUAUAUGUUGUUAUGGGAUUUUAGCCCCAUUUUGUGGUGACUCUGACUUUAGUUAUCGAUUUGUAGAAUGUGGAAGGGUUGGUCUUAUAGUUGCAUUAUUUUUGGAGAGUUUGGUAUAAAAGAUGAAUAUAUAUAUAUAUAUUUUUUUAUUUUUUUAUA